AUGGCCCCGGCUCUUCGACAUCUCUUCUCGCGCCGUGAAUUUGACCCCGGCUCUACAAGCACUGCUUUUGCAGAUGAGUGGUCUAACCCAUCCAAUUAUGCCUUUACUAUUCUGCUCCUGAUUGGAGGCGACUUGAUCCAUCGUGCUCUCGCACAGCUGGCGGGGGGUUGGGUCACUCCAGUUGCCUUCUCAUUUGGAUGGGUUUCUUAUGCGGCCUCGUCCAUAUGUUCUGCGCUCGGUGAGUACAGGAUGAUGCCAGAUGCAGACACAGCCUGCUGUCUUAUCAACGGCAAAAAUGGGUACGUCCGGGGAAAUAAUUCCUGGGUUCUCGGACGCAUCAUGCGAGAUUAUGAGUACUGGAUGGGGGAGCCCGUCCGUGAGAAAACAGAGUCCCUCAUCCAGGCUCGUUGGGACUUUGACCGGCAGCGCCAGGAGAGAGAAGUCCCCGGGUCGGGGAGCCGAGUCCCUCGUCCUUCGCAAGCCGGAUUAGUCGUCAGUCUGUGGCAGCCAAGUACAACGAAGCCAUCUGGAGAGCCCGGCCACGAUCUGCUCCAUUGGUCGGGUAUCAUUGUCACUGUGAUUCAACUAGGAAUAGCCGCCGUACCACUGGGCUUGUCCGGAGAUUGGGGCAUUCUGAUGAUCACUGCGGCAGCCACCAUUCUGUGCUACGUCACCGGGGCGCUGGGGCAGUGGAAGGUCGAGAAGUGGGCCUGUCGCCGUCUGGACACGCGAGAGAAGAAGAACUUUGUCUUGACGCGCGGAAACGGGGCUCAGCAUGCCAUUGCGAUCAUCAGUAAUGGCCGCGGCCUGGAUCUGGAAGACCUUGCCACAGGGUUUUCCAAGAUCGACUCUCCGUCCAUCACUCUCUUUGCGCAGCUGGCAACCAUCGUGUUCGGGAUCAUGUGGAUCGCGCUGCUUAUCACGGCAUCUGCUCUGCAGGAUGACUCCUGGUACUUGAUUGCCGUCGGGGGCUUGGGAAUGCUUCAAAAUAUCUUUGUUGCGGGCUGGAAGCGAACUCCCGAUGCAUACGGUGUCCCGCUGGAGUUCAUCGGCGUCGUGGGUGAAGUCAAAGUGAUGAAGACUUUGAUGGAAGUGGAGAGGAGAUACGAGAAGCUGGGCAAGAGCAUGAUAGGGACCUUCUUCCCAGGCGAUUUGCGAGAAAACGAAGUGAGGGAGUGGGAGGCGAUCGCGCAGGAAUGGAAGGAGAAACGGUCUAUGAAUCAUCAAGUCUGA